AUCUUUAGCGUAGUCCGGGAAAGAACGUUCCUUUCCCGGUAUUCCGUAAGAGGACAGCCCUGAGGUCAUGACUCUUAGGCGCGGGGUACGCCGGGAGUUGUAGUCCCAGUAGACUCAACUUUCCUAAAUCUCCGGAAGUGGAGGCGUGGGAGGCCGAGCCGAGCCGGCUCGGGGUAGCGGAACUCCGGCUAGUGUUAGGACCGUGCUCCCGGGGCCGGUCAUGAAUGGGCCGGCGGACGGCGAAGUGGACUACAAGAAGAAAUACCGGAAUCUGAAGCGGAAGCUCAAGUUCCUCAUUUACGAACACGAGUGCUUCCAGGAGGAACUGAGGAAGGCGCAGAGGAAAUUGCUGAAGGUGUCCCGAGACAAGAGUUUUCUCCUAGAUAGACUUCUGCAGUACGAAAACGUGGAUGAAGACUCUUCUGACUCAGAUGCCACUGCAUCUUCAGAUAACAGUGAGACAGAAGGGACGCCCAAGUUGUCAGACACACCAGCCCCCAAGAGGAAGAGAAGCCCUCCACUGGGGGGUGCUCCCUCUCCCUCCAGCCUCUCCCUGCCUCCUUCAACAGGGUUUCCCCUUCAGGCCUCUGGGACCCCCUCUCCAUAUCUGAGCUCGCUGGCUUCCCCUCCCUACCCCCCAUUCCCUUCUGACUACCUGGCCCUGCAGCUACCCGAGCCCAGCCCCCUGAGGUCCAAGCGGGAGAAACGGCCCCGCCUGCCCCGGAAACUCAAGAGAGCUCACUCUGGCUGCAGUGUGGAGGAGGAGCUGGAUCUGGGAGAGGCUGAAGGCAGGGAGUCCAGUUAGGAGGCUGGUACCAUAGCCCAGGUGAGCUGAAAGGAAGGCCUGGCUUAGGCCAUUGGCUGUGGGGAUGCUAAGGAGGGGCCCAUCCAAGAUAGAAGAGGUAGAAACCUCACCUGGGUGGGGGCAAAGACCUAGACACCCUCCAUCAAACCAGUGAGUCCCAUGGUAGGAGGGAGAGGCAGCCAGUGGUAGAAAGUGGUAUCUGAAGUGCUGGAGGUGGGCAAGCAGGUAGUCACUCCAGGCUGACUCUGUCUCUAACUGCUAUAACAGGGGCAGCCAAGGUGUUUCCCUGGUGAGGGCAGGGCCUGCCCUUUCCCUCCUGGUUUCCUGUAAGAUCCCUCCCCUCCCAUCACCACCUCCAUCACCACCUGUUAUGCCCAGCAUUUGGCUGGUUUGAGACUUUAAGGGGCUGAGGUGGGGCAGGUACCCUGCUUGCAGCAUUGGCUGGCCCGGCUAUGUCCACUGCCUCUUGAGUGAGCCUUUGUCCCCUUCCCCAUCCCCCAGAGCUACCUUAAGGGGCAGUGCGAGCCUCCUGAAGGUCCCAGUACCUCCCUGACACAGCCUUCCUGUUUCUUCCUGCUGCAGAUGGCGGUGGGCCCCCCCGACUGUGCUGUGGGAGGGCCGCUGACCUUCCCAGGCCAGGGUUCUGGGGCUGGGGUAGGGGCAGCACUGGCCCCACUGCCCCCUCCCAAGAUGCCCCCCCCCACCAUCCUGAGCACCGUCCCUCAGCAGAUGUUCAGCGAUGCAGGCAGCGGGGAUGAUGCUC